AUGCCGCUCGACGUUGCCGCCGUUGACGCGCUCGCGGCCACCGACGUCCGCACCGUCAUUCCGUCCGAGCAGCUGCUCCCCGUGCUGACCGCGCCACCCUUUGUCCCCUCGCGGUCUCUCCUCAACCUACGCGACGCCGGCGCCGUGCCCGGCAGCGCGAUCCCUCCCGGUCGCGUAUACCGCUGCGGCACGCUCGAGUACGCGGCCGGGGACCCCGAGGCGCUGGCGUGGCUGGCGGCGCACGUCCGGCACGUCUACGACCUGCGCCGGGAGGGUGCCGAGCGCGACGGCGCCCCGGACCCGCGCGUCCCCGGCGUCGACAACAUCUGGCGGCCCGCGCGCGGCGACUAUCCGACGCCUGCGCUAGCCGACUUUGCGGCCGCCGAGGGCAUUCAUGCCUGGCGCGCGCAAUACCUCAACGUCGCGCUGGCGUACGGCCCCACGUUCCGCGCGGUGCUCGAGCAGGUGCGGGACAAGCCGCGCGAGCCCAUGCUAUUUCACUGCUCUGCUGGUCGAGACCGUACCGGUGUACUCGCCGGCCUCUUGCACCAUCUCGCCGGCUCGCCGCCCGAGGCCGUGAUUCGCGACUACAUGCUAUCACGCAUCGGCAUCGAGCCCGUCCGAGACAAGCUGAUGCCGUUUGCCAUGAAGACGGUCGGCAUCACCGACCCGGAGACGCCGGGCUUCUACAACCUCGUCCAGCUGCGUCCCGAGUACUGGAACGCAUUCCUCGACGCGCUCAACGAGAGGUUUGGCGGCUGGGACGGCUACAUUACGUCUGCCGACGGCCUCGGCUUCUCCAACAAGGAACUCGAGGUGAUCAAGGUCAACAUGCGAACCGAGUAG